CGCCCCCCGGCCCGCCUCCCCCGCCGGCUUCACCCCUUCAGCCACGCGCCGCUAGCCGCGAGCUGGCAGGAGUCGUUAGCACGGCCGGUAACCGUCUGCUGAGGGGACACACCAGGUGGCGGAGCGGGACUCAUGGCCGCGUCCAACCGGAUGAUGCUGGGGCCACUGGUGGGCUCCAUCGAUCAGGGCACCAGCUCCACUCGCUUCCUGGUUUUUAAUGCGAAAACAUCAGAGCUCUUGAGUCACCAUCAAGUUGAGAUAGCGCAGAAAUUCCCUAAAGAAGGAUGGGUGGAACAAGAUCCAAAGGAAAUAUUAAGUUCUGUCCAUGAAUGUGUGGAAAAGACCUGUGAGAAACUGCAACAACUGAACAUAGACAUCACUAAUAUAAAAGCCAUUGGAGUCAGCAAUCAGAGAGAAACAACAGUGGUUUGGGACAAGACAACUGGAGAACCUCUUUAUAAUGCUAUUGUGUGGCUUGACCUGAGAACCCAGGCAACAGUUGACCGUCUUCUUAAAAAAAUUCCAGGAAAAAACAAAUCCUUUUUUAAGUUUAGGACUGGUCUUCCAAUUAGCACUUAUUUUAGUGCAGUGAAACUUCGAUGGCUUUUGGAUAAUGUGGAAGAAAUUAAGCAAGCAGUUGAUGAUGGAAGAGCUAUGUUUGGGACUAUUGACUCAUGGCUUAUAUGGAGUUUGACAGGUGGAAAGAAUGGAGGUGUUCACUGUACAGAUGUAACCAAUGCCAGCAGAACGAUGUUGUUCAACAUUCAUUCCUUGGAAUGGGAUCCUGAGCUCUGCCAGUUCUUUGAUAUUCCUAUGGAAAUACUCCCAAAAGUACGAAGCUCCUCUGAGAUUUAUGGCCUGAUGAAAUCUGGAGCUUUGACAGGUGUACCGAUUUCGGGGUGCUUGGGUGACCAGUCUGCUGCUCUUGUUGGGCAAAUGUGUUUUCAAGAUGGGCAGGCAAAAAAUACGUAUGGAACAGGAUGUUUCUUGUUGUGCAAUACAGGUCAGAAGUCUGUGUUUUCUGAGCAUGGUCUUCUAACCACAAUAGCUUACAAACUGGGCAGAGACAAACCUGUUUGUUAUGCAUUAGAGGGAUCUGUUGCAAUAGCUGGUGCUGUUGUUCGUUGGCUGAGGGACAAUCUAGGUAUCCUUAAAACUUCACAGGAAGUUGAAAAACUGGCCGCAGAAGUGGGGACUUCUUAUGGCUGCUACUUUGUGCCAGCAUUUUCAGGACUGUAUGCACCUUACUGGGAACCCAGUGCAAGGGGUAUUAUCUGUGGCCUUACUCAGUUUACAAACAAAAACCACAUUGCCUUCGCUGCACUAGAAGCGGUUUGCUUUCAAACACGAGAGCUUUUAGAUGCCAUAAACAAGGACUGUGGGGUACCACUAAAUCAGUUACAGGUAGACGGAGGAAUGACCAAUAAUAAAGUCCUCAUGCAACUCCAGUCAGACAUUCUCUGUAUUCCAGUAGUAAAGCCAUCAAUGCCUGAAACAACAGCUCUAGGAGCUGCUAUGGCAGCAGGAGCUGCAGAAGGAGUUGGAAUUUGGAGUCUGAAUCCUGGAGAUUUGACAGCAGUGACAUGUGAACGAUUUGAGCCACAGAUCAACCCAGAGGAAAGUGAGAUUCGCUUUGCCAGAUGGAAGAAAGCUGUGAUGAAAUCUAUGGACUGGGCGACAUCUGACGUUUCUUCAAAUGGUGACAGUAGUAUCUUCUCUAGUCUGCCUUUGGGUCUUUAUAUUAUGAGUAGCAUGAUAAUGUUAAUCGGAGCAAAGUACAUCUCAGGUAGUGGUAAUUGAGACCACUUAGCGGACUCUCUGGAUGCAGCUGACUUUUUUUUGUUUGUUUCUUUUUUUUGUGUUGUCUGAAGAGAUUCCACCACCAAUGUGAUUAUACUGUUUGUAUGACUAAAUCCGCUCAUGAAUCCAUCUGUUGCCAUUCUCUGAGUAACAUCCCAGUGGUACACUGAAACAUAGGUCUUCAGUCCUUCAUUGCUCUACUCCCUUCCCCAUCAACUCCAACUGCACUGGAGGCCUUUGCAUCGACUAUCUCACAUCGUCCUCUAAAAUUUCAGAAGGCCUAGCUUUGAGAAAGUGGGUACAACAAAACACUGCAACUUAUGAGUAAUGUCAGAUGUUUAGCUAUCCUUUCAGGGUUUCGAUUCUUUAUACAGCACAGUGCAGAAGGUUAAUGAUACACUAAGGAACUUUGUAAACAUCACAGCAAUUCUUCCAGCUGCCGUGAAUUACCUUUUAUAUGUCUAUGGUUGCCAAAGAUUUUUCAUUGUAGUGACCACUGGUCUGAAACACUGUCAGUGGUACAAACCUUUUAAACAUUAGCUCAAAACGUAUUACAUGUAGCAUACCGUCACCAGUUUGGCAAUGAAGAGGUUGCUGAUGUGGCCCACAGAGUACUGUUGAAAUGAUCAAUUACAAAGUUUAAAAGUUUGUUUUGGUUUCUGUAGAUAGUCACUUUGCCCCUUACAAGUAUUUAAGACAGUAGUUCCUGUAGCUGUUCCUUUAAAAGAGGUAGGAGUAAGUAGGUGUUUUUGUUAAGGCCAUGUUUUACAUUCUUGCGCUUCUCUGUUAGUUGGAAAGACAAAUUUGAUACAUCAUGUUGAUAGGACAGCUUCUUGGCCCUCAGCAACUGGUAACUUAAAAUUACUGUGUACAAUGCACUUUUCUUGAGCAAUACUGCAUAUAUUCUGUCAUCCUGCUGAAGGAUAUUUUAGUGACUCUUCACUAAACUUUUGAAAGUUGACGCUUAGUUUUCCUCAAAGAGGGUCCACUUCAAACUAAACAUUAGUGCUUUAGUUCUUGGUCUCAUUUAGUAGUAUCUCAGGGACCAAAAUCUCCCUUUCAGUUUUCACGUCCAUAGUUUUAAUAGCAAGUUGUUGCAAAUUUUACUGGGGCAACCCAAAGUGCACUUGACACCUGAAGUGGGCCACUGGAAUUUACGGGCAAUGUGCAUGACAAUUGAGUUGCAUCCCCUUUGAAACUUUUUGUCCCUCACAGGUAAAGUAGUGAGGCAAUAAAUCAUUUUAUCUUCAGCUUUCUUGUUUGUACCAACAGCAUGACAAAUGCCAGCCUUACUGGUUAGGUCAGAGAAAAUGUGUCCUUGUAUAGUAUCAUCAGAUCAGUAUAGAAUGAUAGCAAGGUUGAAUGUGGGAACAACACAAAAAAUUUCAGAGAUAUGUUUAAAUGCACUAGGAGUCAAAGGGAGCAUUUCUCUGUUUGUGUUUGUUCUUAAAGAGUUUUGUCUUUAAAUAGAAAUAGUCUUUAGCAGAGUUUGUUUUUUCUUUGUUAAACUGUGAUUAGAGGCUUAGUUUUUAAAAAUAUGUUAAAUAUAGGUGUGUCUGAAGCAAUGGGCUGCACAGAAGUUCAGGUCUGUAUAAUAUAUUUAAUGUAAAAUGCAUAAUUGCCUUUCUAUUACCAAGUGCAAUGACCUUUGAAAAUGUGACUUUUAAUUCAAAAGGUAGAGAAGGAACAUUUUUCAUCCUGUGGUUGCUUGUAUAAAUUCAACAGAGGGAAUUUUUGUGCACAGGUGAAAAUGUAACAACUUCAUUGAAACCCUACAUCUCCUGUAAAUACUCAAAUGUGAGGUGUGUCAACUAAAAAUUCUGGUUUCCUAGUUUUCACUAGAGAGAAAGAGUGAAAAAUAAACAUGGAAAUCUUUAUACUCCUUACCUUUACUCUGAGCUGUUGCUGAUCCCACCUCACCCUAAGGAACAGGAGUAACAGCAGCUUUUGGAGCACAUAGGGUGAGGGCAGCACACAUCUCAAGCAGUGGACUUCCGAGUAUGACCUCUUGCCAAAAGCAACAAAGUAUUGAAUCUGGGAAUGAUUCAUGUUGAAGUUUUGCCUUUGCUGAGGGAGGAUGUGGCAGGGGGAAAGGUAGCACAUAGUAAGCAGGAGGGGGGGGUGGUGUUGCUGCUUUUCUGACUUAUCUUUUACUGGGAAACACAAUUCCUGUUAGUUUUUCACUGAGUAAAAAUUGUAAUUUUAUUUUCAAUUGCUGUUGCAAAUAUUUUUAAGAAUUUCACACCACUGUUAACUUUCUACCAACAUAGUUGAACUAUAUUGUAAACUGCAUGUUGGCAGGAAGGGGACAAACUGUUGAAAAUUAGCUUUUUGUGAAGCUGUGAUUUAUUAUUUUUCCUAUAAAUAGCCAAUUUCUAAAUUUUUACUUGAGAAAUGCAUUAACUUGGUAUUAAAAUACCACAAAUAAAUUGUUGUAAGAUGUUGUUUUAUUCUUGCA